AUGGGCCUCUUUAGCUCCAACAAGCUUCGUCAACCACCACUUCCUGACUUAGCGAUACAACUCGAUGACACGGCCGAUAGAGUUUAUAGGCCAGACGAUAUUGUCAGAGGCCAUGUCGUACUGACGCCCGUCGCAUCUAUCGAGCCCGAGGCGCUUAAGGUCUCACUCUUUGGGCAAUCACUCAUAUGGUAUCGUCGGGAUGUAGGCUCCGGCGAUUACACUGAUUACCAUCAUUGGAGGGACAACGCACCACUAUUUGAGGUAGCUCAAGACAUUUUACACGCAGCAACUACCAUGACCAACGAGGAUAAGAAGGAACCACAAGCGAUAUCGAAGUUUGAAGCAGGCCAAGUCUACACAUUUCCCUUUCAAUUCAUGUUUCCUGCUGGGACUGGUACCACGCGCUAUGGCCAAUACGAAAAUGAUUCCGACCAGAAAUACGACAUCGGACCCCAUGACUUACCUCCCAGCUUUCUAUUUACCAGAUCCAACAGGCCAACAGAUGACGGCACAGAUGCAGACUUUGCGAAGAUCGAAUAUGGCGUACGGGCCACACUGAUAUGUCCUGGCAUUGGUGUUGUCCAAGGCAAGUCUCUCAUAGACCUGACAACUACAUCGAUCAUCCUCUUCCAACCCACAAGCCCGAUACCACCACCCGGACCAUACACCACGCUGAACCGCUACCCAAAGAUCCUCACACUGCGAUCUUCUCUACUAGCCGGCAACACGCAAACUGGUAUCCGACAAAGCAUCCGCGACCGCCUUUCCUCUUCGACCCCUACACUGGACUUCGAAGUCGCUGUAGAGCUUCCAGAGCACUUUACCAGCGGGUCCGAAUUUCACUUUCGUGCAUCCUUCACAACACUAUCGCGAAGCCCGAACGCGCUGCACAUUCCUCCAUCCGUCACAUUCAACAUUCUUAAAUUGGACUUACUGAAUUUUACCUUCUUCCGUGCACCUCGCGACAGAGACGCAGGUAGCGACAGAUCCGGCUUGCACAGGAGUAAUAGAUACGAAAGCUGGCCGCCGCCAGACCAGCUAUAUGUCGUGGCCAAGAAUGAACAUGAGGAUUUUACGGAGAGAAAGACGUCUCUUAACGCUUUACCUGAGUCAGCCACAUUGGAACUUACUGCUGGAUUGCCAGAGUACUCCGUUAUCGCUGGCUCAUCAGGAGAGAAGCACAGUGGGGCAAUGGAGGAACAAGUGAAGAGUACUUGUGAGCAGUGGUUCACGGCGAGGAUCCCAGGUGUGACAGUACCAAGUUUCCGUAGUUUUGCCAUCACAAGGGCAUACAAAGUCAGAGUUAAGCUUGGAGUUGAGGUCGGAGGAAAGAAGUUCGAGAGGGAGGUUGAAAGCGCGGUAGGGAGGAUGGGCAGCCCGCAAGCCUAG